UUUACCAAGCACAAAACCCACCAGACAGCACAGAAGAAAAAUACCAGAAAGAAAGAUUUCCUGUGUUAGACAUCAUGGCUACGAUUGUAGGAUGGCUGCCAACAUUGUUUCAGGCUCAACGUGUUGGGUGUCAGAAUCAAGCACAUGGACUUCCCAGAGGAGACCCUAAAAACACAGUGCCUGUUCCCUAUCAUGAGCCGCUGGAAAACACCAGCCACACCGUUCUCAAGCUUCAAGAGCCCGUUUCUCCAGCUCCCAAAGUCUUCUCUGUGUUCAUCAUUAAUGGCUCAAAGGGAAGCAGGAUUCCUGUGACCGUGACCAGCACUGACACCAUUGAGGAAAUGCUGCAAAAACACAACCUUCAAGCAAAUCCCAAUCUGAUCUUCAAUGGCAAACCGGUUCAGCUGUCCCAGAAGCUGUGUGACCUCCAGGUGAAGCCUGGCGCCACAUUCAUCACCUACCAGAAGUGCCAUGGAGGCUGAAAGAGACUUGAUUAAAAGACCAGGGCUUAGUGCUUUACUUUUCUCUCAGAUCUCUGUUUAGUUGUACUCUUAUGUUGUAGGCUGAAGUAUAUAGUCAAAGUGAAGUUUCUCAAACUCAUUUCGAGAGGAGCACGUGAUAUGACUGAUCACAGCUCGUCUCUCUUCUGUAAUCAUUAGUAAGCCAAUCAGAUUAAUCCAAACUCACUAUAAGUAGCCUGUCUAAAACUACUGCCUUAUCUUCGUUUUUCUGAAGAAACCCCCCAUCCACCCUAUCUCCCCCCUUUUUUCCUCCUUUACCAGGGGGAGCUCUUGAGAACCUGAUCUUGUAUCCCUUUACAUAGGCUCUGGGCUCAGUUAUCUCCGAGCUCAGGGUUCUCUCCUGGAACAGCAUGCCAAACCUGCUAUUAUUAUCAAGCAAUAUCUAAGUGUGAACUCUUGAAGUGAGUACUGUAGUAUGUUUCCUUGUCCUUAUGCUGUUAGCUGUCUUAUAUUACGUUUGCUGUGAUUUUUACUCCGUUUAAAUAAUCUGUAAUGCAGCACAAGCCCUGUUGAUGCAAACAAAGUGAUAUAAAGCAAAACAAAGCAAAUAGUGCCAAUGUUUAAGGAUGUGAGGGAUAGACGUUUUGUUAAAAUGUUUGGUUUAGGACUUGUGUACUUUAUUAGGGGGUUUACCAAAAGAAAUACCCAAAGUGUACGUUCAGGGAGAUACCAGGAUACACGUUUCAUUUUCACUUUUGAUUUUGAUAGAUCUGGAAUAAUACAAUAUGAAUUGAAUAUUAAUAACAUGUUUCAGUGUUAAAAAUACAUAAUAAUAUAUCAUAAAAAUAGUAAAGAAUUUCUAUUACUUUUUUUUUCAGAUGAUUUGUAAUUCUUGCUGUUCAGUCAAUAUAAACACCACUGUGAAUUGAUUGUGAAAUUUGUGAAACUGAGAUAUGACUUUCUGUUUCAAUAAACAUAAGCACUUAUCAUUUUG